CAUUGCGAGGGUUUCCGCGCGAAGCAGAAGCUCAGUGGGAGACGAAGGGGGGGCUCCAACUCUCUCUCUCUGUCUCUCUCCCUCACUCACAGAUGGGCUCCUUGAAGAGGAAAACGCUUACGAGCUCGGGCGGGGAGGAAGAGGGCGGGUCUCCACCGCCUCAGAAGAGCUGGAGGAAGGGCGACGCCGGCGGUGCUGCCUCCGACUCAGUGGCCUGCCUUCACGACGUUUCCUACCCGGACGACGGCCCGAAGCCCUCCAAGACAUCGGCGAUGGCUCAUGGAGGACGGUCCGAGCCAGCCAAGGUGUUCCCUUUCGAGCUCGACCCUUUCCAGAGAGAGGCCAUCGAUUGCCUCGAAAAAGGCGAAUCCGUCAUGGUAUCAGCACAUACUUCGGCAGGAAAAACUGUUGUCGCUUCAUAUGCGAUUGCAAUGUCAUUACGUGAUAAUCAGCGGGUUAUCUACACGUCUCCUAUCAAAGCACUCAGCAAUCAGAAAUAUAGAGAUUUCAAAGAGGAAUUCUCAGAUGUUGGUUUGAUGACUGGUGAUAUAACCAUAGAACCGAAUGCGUCUUGCCUGGUGAUGACAACAGAGAUUUGGCGCAGUAUGCAAUACAAGGGAUCUGAAGUUACACGGGAAGUAGCUUGGGUUAUAUUUGAUGAGGUGCACUACAUGCGUGAUCGUGAAAGGGGUGUUGUCUGGGAAGAAAGUAUUGUCAUGGCCCCAAAGAACUCAAGAUUUGUAUUUCUUUCUGCAACAGUGCCUAAUGCUAAAGAGUUUGCUGAUUGGGUUGCAAAGGUCCACAGGCAACCGUGUCACAUUGUGUACACUGAUUUUCGUCCAACACCACUUCAGCAUUAUAUUUUUCCUUCAGGAGCUGAUGGAUUGUACCUUGUUGUGGAUGAAAAUGGAAAGUUCAGGGAGGAGAGCUUUCAGAAAGCUAUAAAUGCUCUUGUCCCAGCUGGUGAAGGAGAUAGAAGAAAAGAAAAUGGGAAGUGGCAGAAGGGGAUUAGUCUUGGCAAAAUAGGUGAACAAAGUGACAUUUUCAAGAUGGUGAAGAUGAUAAUGCAGCGUCAAUACGAUCCUGUGAUUGUUUUCAGUUUUAGCAAAAGAGAUUGUGAAUUUCUUGCAAUGCAGAUGGCUAGAAUGGAUCUAUGUGAUGAUGAGGAGAAACUGGUUACAGAAAAUAUCUUUUGGAGUGCUAUGGAUAUUCUAUCUGAUGAUGACAAGAAGCUUCCUCAGGUCUCAAACAUGCUGCCUUUGCUGAAGCGUGGUAUAGGAGUUCACCAUUCUGGUCUGCUUCCCAUCUUGAAAGAAGUAAUUGAAAUACUCUUCCAAGAGGGCCUUAUCAAGUGCUUGUUUGCAACAGAGACAUUCAGCAUUGGCCUGAACAUGCCUGCAAAAACUGUUGUUUUCACAAAUGUACGGAAGUUUGAUGGAGACAAAUUUAGAUGGAUAACAAGUGGAGAAUACAUACAAAUGAGUGGACGUGCAGGACGGCGUGGGAUUGAUGAGCGAGGUAUUUGCAUUCUAAUGUUAGAUGAGAAAUUAGAGCCUUCCACUGCUAAAAUGAUGGUCAAGGGUAGUGCUGAUUGUUUAAACAGUGCCUUCCACUUGAGCUACAACAUGCUGUUGAAUCAAAUGCGCUGUGAAGAUGGGGAUCCUGAGAAUUUGUUGAAAAAUUCAUUUUAUCAGUUUCAGUCGGACCGUGCCCUUCCUGAUCUUGAGAAGCAAGCAAAAGAUCUCGAAGAAGAACGAGACUCUAUUGUCAUUGAUGACGAAGAGGAAGUGAAGGACUACUAUUCACUGUUACAGCAGCACCGGAGCCUAAGAAACGAAAUACAUGACAUCGUUUUGCGUCCAAAGUAUUGUUUACCCUUUUUGCGUCCUGGAAGGCUACUGAGAAUCUAUUGUUCCAGGAAUAAUGAAAAAGAUUCAUGUUUGUCUAUUGAUGGCAAUACCACGUGGGGUGUCUUAGUCAGCUUUGAGAGAGUUAAAAGCUCCUUUGAAGAUAGUGCAAGUGGGAAGCCAGAAGAUGCAAAUUAUGCCAUUGAUAUUUUGACUAGAUGUGCUGCAAACAAAGAUGUACCUGGCAAAAAAUCUCUCAAGAUUGUCCCUGUCUCAGAGCCUGGAGAACCUCUUGUUGUUUCAAUACCUUUGGAGCAGGCGCAUUCUUUGAGUAGUGUGUGCAUACUCAUGCCAAAAGAUCUUCUCCCUCUUGAAGCACGGGAAAAUACAUUGAAGAAGGUUCCUGAGGUUCUCUCCAGAUUCCCUGAUGGGGUUCCUCUUCUGGAUCCUGAAGAAGAUAUGGAGGUCCAGAGUAACUCCUACAAGAAAGCUGUCCGGAGGUUAGAGGCAUUGGAAAGCCUGUUAAACAGACAAGACACUGCCAAGUCUCCGCUUCUUCAAGAAAAACUUAGAGCUCUACACAAGAAACUCGAACUUACUGCUAAGAUCAAGUCAGUCAGAAAAGCAAUGCGUACCUCCACGUCAUUAGCCUUUAAAGAUGAACUAAAGGCUAGAAAGCGGGUUCUUAGAAGACUUGGGUAUAUUACUAGGGAAGAUGUGGUGGAAUUGAAGGGCAAGGUGGCCUGUGAAAUCAGUAGUGCCGAUGAGCUAACAUUAACAGAACUGAUGUUUAAUGGAAUAUUGAAAGAUGUAAGCCUGGAGCAGAUGGUGGCUCUCCUCUCAUGUUUCGUGUGGCAAGAAAAGCUCCAAGAUGCUCCAAAACCAAGGGAAGAACUCGAAACUCUUUUUUCUCAGCUUCAGGAAACAGCUAGAAGAGUUGCAAAACUGCAGCUUGAGUGCAAGGUUCAAAUCGAUGUGGAAAAUUUUGUUGCUUCCUUCCGGCCAGAUAUUAUGGAGGCAGUCUACUCUUGGACAAAGGGAGCAAAAUUCUUUGAGAUCAUGGAGACGACACAGGUCUUUGAGGGCAGCCUAAUAAGGGCCAUUAGAAGAUUAGAAGAAGUUCUUCAGCAGCUGAUAGAGGCAGCAAAGUCGAUAGGGGAGACGGAGCAGGAAAAAAAGUUCGAAGAAGCAGUUUUGAAGAUCAAACGAGAUAUAGUUUUUGCAGCAUCAUUGUACUUGUAAUACUUAACUAGAGAGAAGAUGAAAAAUCUCAGUCCUAUGAUGAUAGCCAUCAACUGGCGGCAAUUAUGUAAAGUAGAAAUUUUGAUUGUUUGGUAAUUAUUUUUUAAAUGGAAUGCAAUUGAGAGAAAGCUUAUGCAUAGAA